AUGGCUGAAAAGAGGGGAUCUCCCAUCACCAGGAUAUCUUUCUUUUGCUUGUUUUUAACCACCACGGUGAUGUUCGUGUUAACUUCAAGAAGCCAUCCGGGUGUCUUUGGUCGUAAAUCUAUGUCAGCCGAGAAGCUUCCCCUUGUUUUCAACAAUGGCGAUCCUCAAACAUCUAAUCAAAGCAACGUCGAAUCUUCAAACGGAUCGAACCGAGCAAUCCUCGUAGACGACCAAACAAAAGGCGUGGAAGGAGGGUUCCAAGUGAGUUGCAAUGGGAAUGUGAAAGAACCAUUAAAGAUUUACAUGUACGACUUAGACCCAGAGUUUCACUUUGGGUUAUUGGAUUGGAAACCACAAGGAUACGAAAUUUGGCCUGAUAUUAGAAUAAGAAUCCCACCAUAUCCAGGUGCAUUGAAUUCACAACACAGCAUAGAAUACUGGCUGACAUUAGACCUUUUGGCUUCAGACUUUUCCGAGAAUCCAAACACCCGAGAAGCCAUUAGGGUGAAAAAUUCAAGUGAAGCUGAUUUGAUAUUCGUGCCAUUCUUUUCAUCGCUGAGUUACAAUCGGUAUUCGAAGGUGAUUCCCCCUCGAAAGAAGAGCAAGAACUGGGAAUUGCAAGCCAAAUUGGUGAAGUUUUUGAGGAAUCAAAAGGAAUGGAAAGUUUCAGGUGGGAGAAAUCAUGUGGUUUUGGCUCACCAUCCCAAUAGUAUGCUUCAUGCCAGGAUGCAACUUUGGCCUGCAAUUUUCGUACUUUCCGAUUUCGGAAGGUAUCCGAUCAACAUAGCAAAUGUAGAAAAAGAUGUGAUUGCGCCUUACAAACAUUUAAUCAAAAGUUAUGUUAAUGAUUCAUCAGAUUUCGAUAGCCGGAAAACUUUGCUGUUCUUCCAAGGUGCCAUACAUAGGAAAGAUGGUGGAUUUGCUAGACAAGAGUUAUUUUAUCUUCUAAAAAAUGAGAAAGAUGUACAUUUCUCAUUUGGGAGUGUUCAACAUAAUGGAAUUCGCAAGGCAAGCCAAGGUAUGCAUUCAUCCAAGUUCUGCCUAAACAUUGCGGGCGACACUCCAUCGUCGAACCGCCUUUUUGACUCCAUUGCUAGCCAUUGUGUCCCGGUCAUUAUCAGUGACGAGAUCGAACUCCCUUACGAAGAUGUUCUAGACUACUCUGAAUUCUGCAUAUUCAUCCGAGCUUCGGACUCCGUGAAAAAAGGGUUCCUCAUAAACCGGAUCCGAAGCAUCACGAAGGAUGAAUGGACCCGGAUGUGGGAGAAAUUGAAACAAGUGGAGCCAUUGUUCGAGUUUCAGUAUCCAUCGAAGGAAGGUGACGCGGUUCAAAUGAUAUGGCAGUCAUUGGCUCACAAGGUUGCUGGUGUGAAGAUGAAAAUCAACAAAUCUAGAAGGUACUCUCGUUUUGUUCCUCGCCAGAGAGGACACCACUAA